UGCUUUGGCUGCCUCAGGGGUUCAGAUAACCAGAGCCAGUAGAAAGAGGUGUCCAAGCUCCAGCUCUACCUGCACCACCCCAGGGCCUGAGGGAGGAGGAAGGAGGAGGCGCAGGUGAUAUAAGAGGACCGCCCUGCACAGGGCUGCACACUUGUCCUUGCCUGGACAGGAGCGCAGACCAUAGCCCAGGCUGCUGCCACCAGGACUUGCCUGGCUGCCCCGGAGAGACUUGGAGGCACCAUGGCAGGACCCCGUUUCCUGCCCCUACUGCUUCUCCUGCUGAGCUCAGCCCUGGUAACUGCCGAGUGGGGGCCUGAAGAUGCUCCCUGGGUCCAUUCUGAUGGUCACACUCAGUAUGGAGACCGUGAGACCCAAGACGGAGACCGCAAUGGUGAUGGGACCAGGAUUAUCAAUGGUGACCCGUGCAAAGAAGGCUCCAACCCCUGGCAGGUGGCCCUACUCAAAGGCAACCAGCUGCACUGCGGCGGGGUGCUAGUGGACAGGCGCUGGGUGCUCACGGCCGCCCACUGCAAGAUGGGCCAGUACGUUGUGCAUCUGGGUAGUGACAAGCUCGGUGACAGGAGAGCUCAGAAGAUUAAGGCCACACAGUCAUUCCGCCACCCACACUACUCCACGCAGACUCACGAGAAUGACAUCAUGCUGGUGCGGCUGGACAGUCCAGCCAGGAUGUCAUCCCGCGUGAAAGCCGCCAAACUGCCCACCCGCUGUGAACCCGCAGGCACCUCCUGUUCCAUCUCCGGCUGGGGCACCACCACCAGCCCUCAAGUGACCUUCCCCGCCGAACUCAUGUGUGCCGAUGUGAACCUCGUCGCCUCCAGUGAAUGCAAAAAGGUGUACAAGGAGCUGCUGGGAAAAUCCAUGCUGUGUGCUGGCGUCAAGGACUCCAAGACCAACACCUGCAACGGUGACUCAGGGGGACCGCUGAUGUGCAAAGGUACCGUGCAAGGUAUUGUGUCCUGGGGAACUUUCCCUUGCGGCAAACCCAACGAACCAGGCGUCUACACCCAAGUGUGCAAGUAUUCUAACUGGGUGAAAGAGACCAUGAGAAAACAUCGCUAGUGCACCACCAAGAGUCAGCUCCAGGCUCCCAGCAGGACACACGGAAAUAAGGACGUCGGUGACCUCUAAAGUCCUGUCUGAUUUUAUCUUUCCUCAGAAUGUAUUAAAACCUCAAAAAAGCAAAGACCUAAAGCCAAAACAAGUAAAGAAAAAAAAAAACCCUAAGUGCGAUGGAAAACGUGGCUGAGACAGCACUGUCAAAUCUUGGAGCUGGGAAUUCACUGGGUCUCCAAGCAGGGGUUUCUUGUCAUGAAUGGAGGCCACCUUGCACUGCCCUUGACCCGGUCAUUCUAAUGCUAGGAAGAGAGAACUAAAAAAACAAAGAAAGGUACCAAAGGUGGAGCAAGAGAGUUGAGUUGGUUACACUAUUUAUUGUAGCAGAAGAACUAGGGAAACCUGUUCCUGAGCAAGUGAAUUGUUUAAAGGACAGAUCAAUGUGUUCAAAGUUACAAGGAGGACAGUGUAAGACCUAGACAGCAAUGUGAGUGCCACAUGUGCUCAUGCUAUGCAGUGUUACAUGGAACAAGGAAGCCACAAAAGAAAAAAGUAUGCGAUCUUGUAAAUGAUACACUCAGAAUAAAAUUGGACAGAAUAUGGA